ACAUCGACGAAGGUGAUGCAACACAUAAAUGUGAGCAUUGUGGGGCUAUCAUGUGGUUUGGUGAGCGCCUAAACCGGAAGAGAUAUGCCAAGAAACCUAUAUUUUCAUUGUGUUGUGGGCAAGGUCAGGUUCAGCUGCCACUGUUAAAAGAAUCCCCCGCCAUAUUGAAAAGAUUUUUGACAGAGAAUGAUGAAAUGAGUAGAUAUUUUCGUGAGAAUAUUAGAGUCAUCAACAUGGUUUUCUCAUUUACAUCUCUUGGUGGGAAAGUGGACCGCUCUGCUAAAAAAGGUAUUGGCCCUCAGAUGUUUCAGCUUCAAGGAGAGAACUACCAUUUGAUGGGUAGUCUAAAGCCACCAAAGGGAGAACCCAAGUUUGGUCAGCUUUAUAUUGUUGACACAGAAAAUGAGAUAGCCAAUCGAUCUGGUAUUAUCGGGAAAUACAAGAAGUCAACUGAAAAAGCAAGGAAAGAUGAACUUAGGAAAAAGGUUAUACAGGCGUUAAUGGAAAUGCUAGAUGAGUGCAACCCCUAUGUCCAUCAAUUUAGAUCAGCACGUGAUCGUUUUGACACUAAUCCUGAUCAGACAUUUCACAUGCGUAUCAUUAGUAGUCGAGAGAAAGAUGGAAGAACAUAUGAUACUCCUACUGCCUCUGAAGUUGCUGCACUAAUUCCUGGAGAUUUCAAUUUGGACAUGGAUAAAAGGGAUAUUGUGUUGCAAGAGAAACAGACUGGAUGGCUUAAGAGGAUUAGUGAAAUUCACCCUGCUUAUCUGGCUCUUCAAUAUCCUCUUAUCUUUACAUAUGGUGAAGAUGGGUUCAGACUUGGUAUUCAAAAGAGGGAAACAGACGCAACAGCAAAGCUAAAGAGGAAGGCACUCAGCAUGAGACAAUGGUAUGCGUUUCGUUUACAAGAAAGAGAGAAUGAGUGUCAUACACUACUCCAUUCGAGAAGAUUGUUUCAGCAAUUUUUGGUCGAUGGUUAUACUACAAUUGAGGCGAACAGGCUGUUUUAUCUUAGAAUGAACCAGAAAAGUCUCAGAUCAGACAGCUAUGACUCUAUUCAACAAGCUGAAAACUCGGGCAAAACAGAUAUGCAUGAGCAAGGAAGUCGAUUUUUGCUACCAGCAUCCUUUACGGGAGGAGCAAGAUACAUGAAGAAUAUGUAUUUAGAUGCCAUGGCUAUCUGUAAAUAUUUUGGGUUUCCUGAGUACUUUAUAACAUUUACUUGCAAUCCUAAAUGGCCGGAGAUCACCAGGCAUCUACAACCCAGAAAGCUUACUGCUGAAGAUAGGCCAGAGAUUCUGGGAAGAAUCUUUAAAAUCAAAUUGGAAUCUCUUAUGGCAGAUUUAACAGAUAAACAACUUUUGGGGAAGACAUCUUCGGCAAUGUAUACGAUUGAGUUCCAGAAACGUGGCCUACCCCAUGCACACAUUCUUUUAUUCAUGCAUCCUAAUUCUAAGAUUAGAACAAACGAUGACAUUGACAGAAUCAUCUCCGCAGAAAUUCCUGAUAAAGAAAAAGAGCCAGAGCUUUACGAAGUGGUUAAGGACAUGAUGAUCCAUGGUCCUUGUGGAGCUGUUAAUUUGAACUCUCCAUGCAUGGAGAAUGGGCAAUGUUCGAAGCAGUAUCCUAAGCCCCAUGUUGAAAAAACAUAUGUGAACAAGGAAGGAUUUCCAGUUUAUAGAAGAAGGAAAGAGGGGAAUGGAUUUAUAGAGAAAAAAGGAUUCAAGUGUGACAACACCAAUGUCAUACCUUAUAACAAGGAGUUGUCUCUUCGUUAUCGAGCUCACAUUAAUGUGGAAUGGUGCAAUCAGAAUGGUGCUGUAAAAUACUUAUUCAAGUAUAUUAAUAAAGGGCAGGAUCGUGUUACUGUUGCUGUUGAACCUCCGGAUAAUGGUUCGUCCAAAGAAAAUAGUUCUACUGCGACAAAUGCAGCUUCAAAAGAGGAGAGUAAAAAUGAGAUCAAAGACUUUUUCAACUGCAGGUUUUACAUCUAUGACUAUAAUUGUUUUUACAGAUAUGUAUCUGCAAGUGAAGGUGGUUGGAGGAUCUUUCAGUUCCCAAUACAUUAUAGAUCAACUCCAGUUGAGAGAAUACAAUUUCACCUACCAGGAAAACAGAUCAUUGUUUUUAAGGAUGAUGACACAUUCGAAGAAGUGACCAGCCGAAAACUCAUUGAAAAUACUAUGUUUAUGGGCUGGUUCGAAUUGAAUAAGGUUAGUGAAGUUGCUCGGACUCUGAAUUUAGCUGAGAUUCCAACAAUGUUUACUUGGAAUAAAAAGGAUAAGAAGUUUCAUGAUAGAAAGAGAGGAUUUAGUAUUGGUAGAAUCAAUUAUGCACCACGUAAGAUCGAAGAAGCUUUCUACAUGCGUGUCUUGCUAAACAUUGUUAAAGGUCCGUUUGAGGAUAAGGACAUAAGGACUUUCAACAGUGUUGUCUAUGAAACAUAUAAAGAGACAUGUUUUGCAAGAGGGCUACUUGAAGAUGAUCAAGAAUAUAUUGAUGAGCUUGUGAGGAAAAGUUUUACUGGUUCGGGAUCAUACAUGCGCCAUGCAUUUGUGAUCAUGUUAAUGUCGGGUACUUUGUCAAAGCCUGAAGAGGUGUGGGAGAAUACUUGGGAAUUCCUUUCUGAGGACAUUCAAUAUAAACGAAGGCAGCAACUGCAUCGACCAGAUCUUUGUUUGUCGGAUGAAGAAAAAAAAGAAGCAGCACUUAUAGAGAUCGAAAAGAUUUUAAAAAGUAAUGGAACUUCUUUGGCGAACUGGACGUCUAUGCCACAGCCAAUCCCAGACAUCAUAAAUGAAAACGUGCUGAUUUUGGAUGAGCUCAGUUACAACCGGGAGGAGUUAAGAGCCGAUCAUGAUCGUGACUUUCCAAAACUCACUGAUGAGCAAAGGAAAAUCUAUGAUGAGAUUACCGAUGCUGUUUUUAAUAAGAAAGGAGGUGUGUUUUUUGUUUAUGGGUUUGGUGGAACUGGAAAAACCUUCUUGUGGAAACUGCUUUCUGCUGCUAUCAGAAUGAGGGGUGAAAUCUGUCUGAAUGUGGCUUCAAGUGGAAUUGCUUCUCUAUUGCUACCAGGAGGAAGAACAUCACAUUCCAGAUUCGGAAUUCCUAUAAACCCAGAUGAGUUUUCUUAUUGCAAUCUGGUACCAGGAACUGAUCAGGCGGACUUGGUGAAAGCAGCCUCGCUUAUCAUCUGGGAUGAAGCUCCGAUGAUGAGUAAGCACUGUUUUGAAUCUUUGGAUAGAAGCAUGGCAGAUAUCAUUGGAAACAAAGAAAACCUACCAUUCGCCGGAAAAGUAGUUGUCUUUGGUGGAGAUUUUAGACAAGUACUGCCAGUUAUUCAUGGAGCUGGAAGACCGGAAAUAGUUAUGGAGGCACUUAAUUCUUCUUAUCUCUGGAAGCAUGUUAAAGUUUUAGAGCUCACAAAGAACAUGAGACUGUUCUCAAAUGAUCUCACACCUGAAGGUACAAAAGAAUUACAAGAGUUUUCGCAGUGGAUUUUAGAUGUUGGAGAUGGAAAAAUUGGCAGUGGAAACGAUGGUGAAGCUCUAAUCACUAUUCCAGAUGAGUUUCUAAUUCUUGAUGCUGAUGAUCCAAUAGAUUCUAUAAGCAGAGCAGUGUAUGGGGAUGCUGUUUCUUUACUGCAGAAUAGAGAACCUAAGUUUUUUCAAGAAAGAGCAAUACUUUGUCCUACUAACGAAGAUGUGAACAUGAUUAAUCAGCACAUGUUGGACAAGCUGCCAGGUGAGGAAAGGUUCUAUUUGAGUUCUGAUUCUAUAGACUCUUCAGACAGGUUUUCAAAGAAUGACCAAGCUCUUACUCCAGAUUUUCUGAACAAAAUCAAGGCAUCAGGUUUACCUAACCAUAGUCUCAGAUUGAAGAUAGGGUGUCCUGUGAUGUUGCUUAGAAACAUUGAUCCUAUUGGGGGACUAAUGAACGGUACUAGACUCCAGAUUACUGAAAUGUAUGACUUCAUGAUACGGGCAAAAGUCAUUACAGGGGAGAAAGUCGGUCACACUGUUUAUCUUCCUAGACUCUCAAUAACACCUUCAGAUAAAAAAAUGCCGUUCAAGAUGAGGAGGAGACAACUACCUAUUGCUGUGGCAUUUGCUAUAACAAUCAAUAAAAGCCAAGGUCAAUCACUUUCAGAGGUUGGUUUGUUUCUACCGAGACCUGUUUUCUCUCAUGGGCAGCUCUAUGUGGCUAUUUCUAGAGUGACUUCUAAGAAAGGACUGAAGAUUUUGAUUGUCGACGGUGAAGGCAAGCCUCAACGUCAAACAAUGAAUGUGGUAUUCAGAGAGAUAUUCGAUAAUCUUUGAUGUUCGUUUUGUAUUUGUUUCUCUAUCAUCUUAUAUUACUUCCUAUUUGAUACUGAUCUUUAUUUAGUAUUAAGCAAAACAAUUUGAUUCAAACAAGUUUCUAAGAAUAAGGUUAUUUUAAGAAUUUGAACGAUUCAAAAAGUCUAUCAAACAGAUAAAAAAACACCACACUUCAUUCAACAUUCAUCAAACAGCUCCGGUUUUAUCCUAACUACCAUUAUCAGUUCGCAAUCUAAUCUAAACAAUAUGAACCUCUAAAAUG